AUGGAAGGGGGUGCAAAUACAAAGUUCGUAUGGAAUGAUGAACUAUUGCAAGAAUUAGCGAGAAUUAAACAACUAACCCAAACCAAGUAUGGCAUGAAAAGAUGGCGAGAAAAGGCGAUGAAUAUGUGGAAUCAGAACACCAACUUACCACCCCUAAGCAACAAACGACAAAUUACGUCGGUAUUCAAUAGAGCGAAUAAGAAAGAGAAACUACGAGAAGUAGGUCUAGCCGUACAACCAACAUCGAAAGCUGCAAAAACCGUAAAAACACUGACAAGAAGAGUACCAACACCAACUCGAGACAAUGCAUUUACAUUCGCCAUGGGAAGAUUAGCCGACCAGAUUCACUGUAUGCGGCAGCCACAGCAGCACUGUGUAGAAGCGAAGAUAAAGAGUUUACAAGCAUUGAAGACUGGAUACAUAGACUACAUCAAAAAGAUAAGAGAAGAAGCAAAGUUUAGAUACAUUAAUGAAAUGAUGCUAAAAGAUGAAGGCAAAGCAUAUUCAUUAAUCACUGGGAAGAGAACAACAACCAAUAACCAAAACAACACGCAACAACAGGAAAUACAGACAACAACGAGAGCAUUUGAGUUCUGGAGCCAACUCUGGAACCCACCAUCUACGGAAGCUACCAACUACGACGAGCUUGAAUGGAUACAGAGAGUGAAAGAUAGCAACCAAUUCAAGAACAUCAAAGAGACCAAGUUUGAAAUCGAAGGAGCUGACAUAUCCAACUACAUUAAAAACAAGAAGAACUGGUCAGCUCCAGGCCCAGAUGGAAUUUGCAACUACUGGAUCAAGAGGAUUAAGAGAUACCAUAAGGACUUAGCCGAAGCCUUCAAGUACCUACACUUGGAUAUCAUGGAGUUCCCUAAAUGGUUCUGUGAAGGAAUAACAUACCGGAUCCACAAGGGAGGUGACAAAGAGGACGAAGCCAAUUACCGACCAAUCACAUGCAUUAACAACACAUGUAAGAUAUUAACAGGAAUAGUAGCCAAGCACCUCCACCAGCACACCAAAGUCAACAACCAACUGAUGGAAGAAGUACAGAGAGGUGGAAUGACCGAUGUAUGGGGAACCUACGAGAACCUCUUCAUAGACAAUCUAUUCUGUGAGAAAUACCCAGACAUCAAUGGUGGCAUGGAUAGACCUUACCAAAGCAUAUGA